CGUCAUCAUGUGGCGCCUGAAAGCCAUUUUCAGUUCCGCUGUCGCAAUGGAAUCAAACAAGGACGAGGCGGAACGCUGUAUAGAAAUUGCCGUCUCGGCGCUCCAAAAUCAUCAGCCCGACAAGGCUCGUAGGUUCCUGGAGAAGGCGCAAAAAUUAUUUCCUACGCAGAAGGCGCAGCGUUUAUUAGAAUCUUUAACUCUGAAUGGAAAUCCGCAUGGCAGUAAUAAUAACUGUGGAGAAAACGAAGGCAAUGGAGUUCGACACCGAGCUGCCAGCGCUGGAGAGGAAAGAUCAGAAGACAGUGCCACAGAUGGAACCAAGUCAUAUACAGCAGAACAACUGGAUGCAGUCAAACAGAUAAAGAAGUGCAAAACUUAUUACGAGACUCUGGGAGUCACUAAAGAUGUGUCCUAUGACGAUUUAAAGAAAGCAUACCGAAAACUGGCUUUGAAAUUUCAUCCAGAUAAAAACCAUGCUCCAGGUGCUACAGAGGCUUUUAAAGCUAUCGGAAAUGCGUAUGCCGUUCUUAGUAACACCGAAAAGCGGAAGCAGUACGACCUUUAUGGCGAGGAGAAAGUUCAACACUCGCGUCAUGGCCAUUCUCAUCAUGGUUUUGAGGCAGAUAUUUCGCCAGAGGAUCUCUUUAACAUGUUCUUCGGCGGUGGAUUCCCAUCUAGCAAUGUCCAUGUUUAUAGUAAUGGCAGGAUGAGAUUUGGACAUAACCAGAGGCAUGAACGAAGAGAACAACGGAGAGAUGGAAGCCUUGCUCUGUUUGUUCAGCUGAUGCCCAUCCUCGUCCUAAUUAUAGUUUCAGCUCUUAGCCAGUUGAUGGUGUCCAGCCCCCCCUACAGUCUCAGCCACCGGCCAUCCUCAGGGCACACGAACAGAAGACAAACAACUAAUCUGAAAGUGCCUUACUAUGUAGGUGACCACUUUUCAGAAGAAUAUACUGGAAAGCAUCUCAAAAAUGUUGAGCAAAGUGUGGAGGAUGACUACAUUUCAAACCUUCGAAAUAACUGCUGGAAGGAAAAGCAACAGAAGGAAGGACUGUUGUAUCGGGCACGCUAUUUUGGAGAUUCAGACUUAUACCAAAGGGCCCAGAAGAUGGGUACACCCAGCUGUUCAAAGCUGUCAGACAUUCAGGUCCUUUUACAUGGACACUAAAAAACAAGAAAGUCCAUAUUUAAAGGUGACCAACUAUAACCUUACCAAACAAAUUUUUGGAAAUUUGCACCAGUUCAAGAAAAGAAAAAGUUAGCAGCAGCCACGGUUCUCUUUCCUCUUUCCCAUAAUGAUGAAGUGUGACAUCAUUGGGUAGCUGAAAAGAUCUGAAGCACAGCACUAACAGUUAAUUGUGCUGAUAUGAAAGUAAUUGGUAAUGCUAUAUGAAUGUGAAACAAACAAAUAGGUAUAUUAUAAAUGGUAAGUUACGCGCCACACGUAAUGCCUUUUACUUUGUCCAUGCAUCCAAGUUUUCUGUUAAGCAAGUUGUAAAAUCUCAUCUGAGCCAGUUCAUUUUUUUUUUUUUUAUUGAACUGCAAGAACAUCAAGAAAGCCUUAUUUGGAUUUUUGCCAUUUGUUAUUUAAUUCCUCACUGUAGAUUACCUGUUGGAUUUUUUUUUAAGAAGCCUUUGAGAUUAAUGGAGAUUUUGCCCUGUAUUUAUUAAAAUUUAAAUCACCUA